UGGAAAAUUCCUAUCGGGAAAUUCUGCAAUUAUUCUGCGUUUUCCAUUUUGAACAGAAAAUGAGCCAACAGUUUUGCAUUUCCAAGGAAUCAGGAAGACAUCACCAUUAUUCAUGUUAUGACCCAUAAAACCACCGUUUGAAUGGCAUUAACCCAAAUAACAGUAUACUUACAGUAAUAAGUGAUUCAUUAAAACAUCAAGAAAACUUUCUCUGAAAUGCUGUUAACUAAAUAACCACACGUUUGUUUACUGGAUUGUCUUAAAGGAGAUGAUUAAUGGAGGAAGGAAUAGAGCCAACGACGAAGGCUAUGAUAUUCCACCAGAUGAAGAGAGAAUACCGCUCUAUACAGAAGAGAAUAAUGGGCAGCCUUUAGUCCCUAUUCAGGUGAUAACAGGGGCUCAUGAAACUGCGGAUGGAGGUAUGGAAAUAGAAUAUGAGCAAGCCUAUGUACGGCGACCACCCUACGGCUACUAUUUUGAGCCACAAGACGAAACUCCACCAGAGCGUAACCCAUCAAGGAAUACUGAAAUAUAUUACAGUGAGAAGAAGCGGCUAGAGACAUUUGUUAACCAUUGGCUAGAAGAGUAUUAUGUCAAUCCGGUAGAUUUGGCCAGAGAUGGAUUUAUUUUUGUUGGUCCAGGAGACAAAGUGAAGUGUGUGUUUUGUUUGAACACCCUUCGAGGUUGGGAUCGUGAAGAUACUGUCGAGGGUGAACACCGCAGACAUUAUCCUGAGUGUCCAUUUGUGCGAGGAAAAGUGAAUCAUCUGAACAUACCGAUUCCAGGCACGAGGCCACAAAUGAUGGGACUUAAAAUGAAAGAUGAAAAGAAAGACAUGAGUAAUGUUCUCAAUAGGCUGGACACGUAUAAAGAUGCUCCACCACAUAUUAUUAGUAAGAAAAACAAGUUUGCCGAUGCAGGUCUUUUCUAUACAGGCCAUAAAGAUAGUUUACAGUGCUAUUCUUGUGGCAAAAGAUUUAGCAGCUGGGAGCCAAGCGAUGAUCCAUAUACAGAACAUGCAAAGCUGAACCCUUCAUGCCUUUACAUUCAGAAGAUAUCUCAGACUUACAACCAAGAGACACCAAUGGAGGAGGCUGCAGCACCAAAUAACUUGUCCACGAUGCACGAAGAGGAGACUUCCAACCGAAGUUUUGACUAUUUUACUGCCGGUCUUAACAUUGUCAAGAGCCAAGAAUUGGCUCAAUCUUCAAAAGCAUUUUCUCAGUCAACGGACAUGAAGCAGUUGUCAGAUCCGGAGCCCCAGAUGUCAAAUCUAAAAAGUUUGGCGAACUUGAAAAUGUCCAGACAGCAGAAAUAUGUUCCUUCGUCUACAGCCUCUAGUGAGAGAAACACUCCAUCAAGAAGUUUAGAGUCGCAAAUAGAGAAAGAUUUAAACAGUCCUCAGUUGCAGGCUUAUAGAGAAAUAAAUGACAACCUUGGAUUGGAGGAGAUUAUACAGUUAUUAAAAAAAAUUCGUAUUUCUAAAGGUCCUGAAUAUCAAUUUACUGCUGAAGACUUAGAUAAUUGCCUUCAUGAAUGUGAGAAAAAAACUUGAACUAUUUGUAACACUCCUUUGGACAAUAGAAGGAGUAACUUUUUGCUUUUUAUUGUUGAAACUAACUGAUGUGUUGUAGCAUGAAUUUAAGAAGUACUUGCCUUUAAGCUCAGAAAUUGACAAAUCUGGGGUUAAAAAUUAAACUGGAGUAGGGAAACAUCUAGUGAUAAAUAUGGAGUGCCUUUAAGUGGCAAUAAAUUCUGCGUCAUUUCAACACAGUUUCUUACUGCCCCACUUUAGGCUCAAUGAGCCAUAAGCACUCUGUGGUCAUUUCCUUACAUGGCCUUGGAACAUGGUUUUCACAAGGUUUCUGAUGGGUGGCAGGUUGACAGUUAAAUAGUUGUUCUUGGUUUAAUGGUUUACUUAAAGCCAGAUUUUUUCUGAAGAAAACAAUGGCAGAUUUAAUCUCCAAGGACGUACUUGUCUAGAGAACAUGGGAAGUCGAUUGAACUAGUGAUGAUUACAUUUUGUGAUCAUCACAAUUGAUCAGAUAUUCUCUGCUAUUACUGAUCAAAUCUCCAAGGACUUACUUGUCUAGAGUACAUGUGAUAGUAGAGAUGAUCAGUGAUUGUGUGUUCAGCACAAUGCUUGAUCAGGUAUUCUCAGCUAUUUUGUUUGCUGACUGCUGGAAUGUGGGCUGUCCUUUUUGGAAAUCAAAUGUAAGCCCACCACAUCAGGACUGCUCUAUCUUUUGGGGCUUCCCCUUGUUCAAUUUGGGCUUAACUUUAGUUUUCUAUUAGACACUGGUUCUCAAUCUCUUGGAAAUAGGCAACCGUGAUUGUAAAUUUUUAUUUUGUUUCCUGUUCCGUCACAAUUAUUAACUAAUAAUUCAACAAUAAUUGUAAUAGUGUUAAGAGUUAAUACAUAAGGACUACAGUUUGCCUCACUAAAUAAUGUUUAAGUACAUAUUUCAAAUUUUUUUUAGCAGCUAAAAACUAAAGCAUUUAGGACAAGAGUAUAUAAAAUUUAAGAGGAAGCAUUUCUCGGGAGAUUGAAAACCACUUGUCUUCAAUGACCAUGUUAUUCAAAGGAAAUCUAUAAACUAAACUGUAUAAACUAAAACACUAGACUUUGGACAUAGAAGAAUUUAAAAUGAAUGAACCUUUCACUUACUAGAUGUUAAAUAUGUGUUUGAUGUUUGAGUUUCCCUUUUUUUCUUUAAAGAAAUUUGUACAUUGGUUGUUGCACACAUCAAGCUGUGUAACUUAUCGAAAAUGUGUAUUUCUUUUUUUUUUCUUUUUUAUUCAUUGGCUUUCCUGUUCAUUGCAGGUAAUAUAUUAUUGUCUUAACCUAAUAGCUCCUAUUUCCAGUUAAGAAAAACCCUUCCCAGGCCCUAAGCAACGAGGGAUAACCCUGAAUUUAAAAAAUCCUAAAAAAAAAUAUUUAUUUUCAAAAAAUAAUCAAAUUUAAGAUCUAAUACAUAUAAACAAACAACUUUAAAAAAUAGAACAAUGUGUCUAGAUUUUAAAAAAUAUAUACUUUUAAUACCAUUAGAAUAUGAAUAAGCUUCGAAAAUACCCAUGUUCCCACUUAUACACUGGUGCUAUGGGCUUGUUCGUUUGAAAAAUUAUUGAAGAUAUAAAAAUCUUUCCGAUAAAAAAAAAAAUUAGAAGCGGUAAUCCCCACAAUAAUUUGUUAUCACGCUUGCAAAGAGACUAGAAGAAAUCUUCUUUUUAAAAAGUUUAAAGCAAGUAUAUUGAAUAAGGGAUUUUAGAAAGUUCUACAAUGGUUUAAGUCAAAAAUGGGAAAAUGUUUUCAACUGCGGAAGGAGCUAAUGGGUUUAGUUACUUUUGAAAUAAACUUUUCUGAAAAUGUUUGUCAGUUUGUAAUAGCCACUUAUGGUUACAGGCCACCUCUUGGGUGGGAGGAUACGGGAUCAGUCAGUCUUAUCACACAUGUCUGUGAUCAAUUGUCUUAUGUUUGUUUUUUUAUGUUGUGUAACAAUGUAUUGCUGUUAUAGUUAAUGUCCAGAUAUCUCCCCUGUUUGUCAUUUAAAAUGUCCAGAUAUCUCCCCUGUAUGUCAUUAAAAAUGUCCAGAAUCUCCCCUGUAUUUCAUUAUUUCAAUGGGUUCAGAGAUUGCUCAGGUACUAAAGAGUUAAAAACUAAAGUGAUACAAAUCCUUUUUUUUUUUAUUUUGUGAAAUUAGUCUUAUCUGCCAUUCAAGAAAGUCAACUUUAAACUUACAGGGAGAUGGCUGUACAUGCCAAACUAAAAGAGAAGGGAGUGGAGUGGUAAUGAGUUUGUUACUUUAAAUUUUGAUAUCAGACUCUUCUUAGUUUAGUUUACAAUUUUUAUCUAUUAGAAAGUUUACAUUUUUUGGGCAGUUCCUUCAGAAAUGAUAAUUAUUAUGUCAUAGCCCAGAACUUCACCAGGGGUCUGGCUUUAAACUCAGGACCAAUAAUAUGACAGUCCUGAUGACCCCACUGCAAUUUAUAAUAUAAUCCACUGGUCAUAACCUAACAUCCACUGGUCAUAACCUAACAUCCACUGUAAGUGUUCUUGAGCUAGUUUAUAAGUAUAUUCAUAAAUACACUCUUUCCAGUUUUACCUGACCUCUACAUAGAAAGCUUACAGAAAUAAUAAGGGAGGUAAUAAUCAAAUUCCUUAGUUUAUGAAAUGAUGUGGCUAAGGGGCAAAAACACCUCUUGUGUCACAUCAUUAUCACAACAAUCUUGUGUCACAUCAUUAUCACUACAAUCUUGUGUCACAUCAUUAUCACUACAAUCUUGUGUCACAUCACUAUCACUACAGUCUUGUGUCACAUCAUUAACACUACAAUCUUGUGCGAUGAAAAUACUGUUAUCAUUCUGUACAUUUCUCAUUAUAUUUAAUUUGAAAAAUGCAGAUUUAUUUUUCUCCAAAGAUUCGUGAAACACUGUACUGAUUGUCCUCUCCAUUAACCAGUCUAACACAUUUACAUUUUUUUAAUUUGAAUAUAUAUUUGGCAAUAUAGAUUUAAGUAACAAUAUCCUUUAUCAUUAUAUACACCACAUCUGUAUCUACAUUUUCCCUUAGUUUUCAAAAUGUACAAAUGUUAAUGGGAAUUCUUUUUUUUUUUUAAAUAAUAAUACUUAUGAGAUUGUCUAGCUGGAAGAAAGUUAAUGGGAAUAUAUUUAAAAAAAAAUAAUAAUACUUGUGAGAUUGUCUAGCUGGUAGAAAACUACUUUGGCUUGCCUAUUGGGUUACUCUUAUUGUUGGAUGCUUUGGGAGCUUAAACCUAAUGGCUGAAUGGGGUAGACCUGGGGUAGGCCUGAAGUAUUCUGAUUCAUUUGAAUGGCCAAUGGUUGUGAGAUUGUGUUAAGAAUAACUGUUUGAUUUGGUGCUUAGUUAAACAUUAUAUGAACAUUUUUUAGAUUUAUCUGAGCUAUAUAGGUUUUAGUUACACAUGACAUUAUUCCAAUUAUAGCUUAUGCCCAGGCAUUCUACUAUGAGAUAAUGCAUAGUCGCUUCACGACUGAAGGGACUUUAAGUUACAUAGAUCGUGAUUGAUGAAGUCUUUUGACAGUUUAUGAGGCAAAAACCCAGAAUACUUUUUUUUUUUAUGAAACUCCCAUAAGGCUUUCUAUUUAAAAAAUACAUUUCCUAUUUUUAAUAACAUUUUUUUUAAACGGCAUCAGUGUAUUGAGUGCUGUUAAAGGGUUUAAGACCCAAAGCAUUAAGUCAAAGUGAAAUUGAUAUUUGGCUAUAAUAUAGUUCCAAUAAAAAAAAAAAAACACAUUAAUCUACUCUAAGCUAAUUUUUAUUAUGUAAAAAAAAAAUAAAAAAUGAUAUACUAAUGGUAAUUGAAUAAUCUGGAAAUGUUAUUUUUUGUCUAUCCUUCUGGCUCCUAAGCCGUUUACUGGAGUAUUUAUGAAAAACUACUUUCAAACAUGUGAUGCUAACAUUUCUAGCUCACAUAAAAGAAAGGCUGUCUGUACUAAUGUGUUAAACUGAAUAGUUCUGUAAAGAUUUAUAGAUGCUUAGUUUCCAAUAUAUUCUGUGUGAAUAGGUCGUAUUAAAAAGACACAAUAUUUAUAGCGUAUCAUUUAUGUAUUUUAUUGAAUAUUUUUGUAGUAUAUGUUUAUAUAGUUCUAAGGCGGUUGAAGGAAUUUAAUUUGUAUAUUAUUAUUAUUAUUAUUAUUAUAUUAUUAUGUUAGAAACGAGCGAGUAUUCAUUUUCUGGUACUGCCAGGGUGGAGUUUCUUUUAAGAGAAAAGAAAUUCAAUGUAGUCUUUUUAUUAUUAUUAUUGUUAUUACUAUCUGUGUGUAUUUUACCUUUCAAUCUUUUUCUUAGAUCAUAUCUUAUCUUAUCUUAUAAAAUACAGACGUUACUUCAAAAGAGAAGAUGCUUAAUUAAGAGGAGCUCAUUGGUUGCUAGAUUAUGGUGUGAAGGCUAAUGCUAUGUAUCUGAACAAAGAAUAUUGAUCCCAAAUCCGUUUAAAUAUUGGGAUUUUAAAAAAUAUGGAUUGCAGAAUCUCUUUGGAUCCACUUUACUUUAAUGGGUGACAAAGAAAUGUGGUCACGGGAUUAUUCCCCUCUGUUGGACAAAUAAAAUUAAAAAACCACCACCAACAACAAAACUUGAAUCCAGUUGUUUUCACUUGCCUAUAUCUCGUGUGUGUGUGUGUGUGUGUGGAGAAGAUGUGGGAUAGGUAGUGUGGGGUAUUUAGUGGUGCUUUUAAAAGUGGGCCAUGGUGGCCGAGUCGUAAUACCCUUGGCUUCCAAACCCAGGGAUAGUGAGUUUGAGCCCCCAGUAAGAGAUUGGGUAUUCAUUCAUGGAUAAUUUGCAGUACAUGUCAAGGUCGAUGUAGUUAAAAGGGGUGAUAAUAAAGACUUGACUCAGCUUAAACUGUUUACUAUCAUCUAAGUCAUUCCAAUUCAGACCGGAAGAUAAUGAUGACAUCCUCACUUGAUGUUAAGUUGAAAAAUGUUUUGGAUAUUGUUAAUUCGUCCGUGAACUCUUCUCUGACAUAACUAUAAAUUCACUCCAUCUUUGACAUAGCAGUAAGAAUUAAGGUACCAGUAUACCUUUACCUAUCCCUUAGUCUGUUGGACCAUUGGGGCACCAGGCAAGACUUGUCUACCGGGUCUUUCUCCAUUCCUCCCUUUUUUUUUUGCCUUGUUUAGAACCUCUCUCAAUGGCAGGCCCGUCCAUUCUUUAAUGUCCUCCCAUCGCUUUUUCUGUCUGCCUCUUCUUCUUUUCCCUGGCACUGUUCCCUGAAGGAAGGUCUUUGCGAGCCCCGUAGAUCUUGUAAUGUGGCCAUAGGUUUUAAGUUUUCGUCUUUUUACAAUAGUUAGCAGGUCAUCAUGAGCUCCGAUCGCUACAGUAACACUGUCUCUGAUUUCUUGGUUUGUGAUGCGGUCUUUGAAUGUGAUGCCUAGGAUCCUUCUGUAGCAUCUCAAUUCCAUUGCUUGGAUCCUCCUCUCUAGCUCUGCAUUCAACGUCCACGACUCGCAAGCAUAUAAAAGGUACCAGUAUAAUACACCAUAAUACCAGGGGAUAACCCCAAACCCUUUAGCAUGAUGAUGUUGAGGCAGAAUUACAAGAAGUUCAGGCAUUGAGAUUAAAAGUCUGAGGUAUUGACAGAAAGAUUAAUUAGUAAGCCAGAGCCUUCUGUGAGGUCACUGCGAUCGUUUGUAUGUGUAUGUAACUAAAUAUACACUCACACCAAAAAAAAACUACCUAUAUUGUUAUCGCUCUUAUUUCUUAUAGUUCGUCCAUCAUAGUUAUUGAUGACCACUUUUGCACUGGGGUUUUGUACCUCCUCAUGUGGCUGGUGAGACCACGUGAGCCCGGAAUGUUCGGCUGCACACUGGGCAGGUUAUUCCAGCUGGAGCUAGUCAUUGGCCUUGCUUUUUUUUUUUCUAUGACGCUUUUCUUCUGCCAGCGCUUUUCUCUUGUCUUCAGCUAUUUGUGCGCCGAUUUUCACAGCUCGAUGCCAUGAUUCUGCAUCAUGUGCCUAUGCCUCCCAGGUGGCCCUUAUUUCUACUUACUAUGUAACUGGUUAAUCUUUUUCUUACUAACCUCCAAAUGUGUUCGCUGCAUAUGGUAGUGUUAUUUUUUUUUUUUGUAUACUUAGAAUCAGUUAUGAGCUUACUCAAUGAUACAUUGUACUGUUACUAAACCUAGGCCUGUGUGAGACAUAUAUAUACAGUCAGGGCCGGUCCUAACUAUUGCGGGGCCCUAUGCGAAACGGAUUGCGCGGGGCCCAGUCUGGGCGGGGAUAAGCAUAAUGUCAAAAUUAGGAUUUUCUUAAUAAGGCCUAAAGGAAAGCUGACAAUGCGUUUUUUUUUUUUUUAUCGCGCGUGGGAUUGGUACAUCACAAUGACAAUUUUAUCCAUUUUUUAGCAGAUUUUUUAUGAGUUUUCAGGAGAUUUCCAGGACUUUUUCGUAUAUUUUGCAAUUUCAGCAGAUUUCCAGGAGGUCCUGGAAAAUGAGGAGGCCACGGAAACCCUGUUAUUAUAUAAAAGUGGUAAUGGUUUAUUUUAAUAAUUUACAAUUAGCGGGGCCUACUGCGGCCGCAUAGUUUGCAGUGGUCUAAGGCCGGCACUGUCUAGAGUGCUCCUGUCAAGCCACAAAUGCUUUGUGUGUCAGUAUUGUGCAUUAACAAAGUUACGUUUAAUGUUAGUGUGAAUGGACCCAAUGCACGCGCUGCUCACGUCUGCUUAUAGAUCAAUGGUAUUUUUUUGUUGUUGUUAUUUAGAGGAUUUUUUUUUUAAUCUAUGCCUAUAUAUAUAUUCAAGGGAUAAAAGAUUGGUGCUAAGGCGAAAUGGAUUUUAUUUUAUAAGAAACUAGCCUGAUAUUGCCCUCGGGCCUUAGCUGGAGUAUUACUGAUAUAGUGGAUUGGAUUUAGAUCUAUGUGAAACAUGGGUCUAGCAUCUUGGAGUUUAGACCUACCGGUACAUAAAAAUAGGCCUAUAUACAUAACCUAUAUAUUUUUUUAAUUUCAUUUUUUUUAUCUCUUGGGAGCUCACCAGCUUAUAAUGCGACAAAUUAAAUUGGUGUACUGUUUUUUUUUGGCAUAAAAAAAAUGAUUGAGUAUUGAAUUAUUGAAUCAGUGAUAUUUUACAAACAUAUUGGAGAUAUGUUUCAAAAGUAUAUGCAGCUUUCGUGAACAAAUUAUGCGCCUUAAUCUUCUUUACCAUCAAUUUGAACUUUUUAUGUUUUUGUUAUAUGUUAUCUAAUUUGUUAUUUGUACAUGGCUACAUUUGUAACACAUAGUAUCGUAAUGUUCUUUUUGGACAAGGUCUUUUCUAUUUUGUUUGUACAUAUUUGUGUGUGUGACAAGGUAUUUUCUAGUUUAUUUU